UUUAAAUCCAUUCAGUAGUUAUUUGGUGGCUUGGUUUUCUAUCCCUGGGCAAGUGGCUAUAAAUCCUUUCAUAGAUACAUAUAAUGGCAAAUUUAAUGUUUUGAGAAGUUUCCAAUGCGACAGAGAAGACCAAACUUAUAAUUGAGUGCGAGGUCGAUUUAUUAGAUGCGUUACUUAUGCCAUGCCUGAAUUACCUACCGGUGAUGUAAAUAUCCUACAGGAGACAAAAUAAUGCGCACAAACAUUGGUUAUCUUGGUAGUGCAGUUAAAAUGUCUAUUCUUCAGGUGCAAAAAAUCACAGAGCAAAUGGCCAAGUCAUCCAUCAAACAGUGCGAAGUGAAGUACAAUUUAAAAGUUCCAAAGGGAACAAAAGAUCGGGAUCCCCUACAAAUGACAAUUCUUGAAGGUGUUUUUAGUACAAUAAUACGGUGUUUCAAGCGUCAUGAUGCGGUUACUAUAGACACCCCUGUUUUUGAGCUCAAGGAAGUGCUAGCUGGAAAGUAUGGCGAGGAAUCUAAACUCAUAUACGAUCUUCAGGAUCAAGGCGGCGAGGCGCUUUCUCUUAGAUAUGAUUUAACCGUCCCAUUCGCCCGUUAUGUUGCCAUGCAUAAGAUUAAAUCUAUUAAGCGAUACCAAAUUGGAAAGGUUUAUCGGCGUGAUCAACCGGCUAUGUCGCGCGGUCGUUACCGGGAGUUUUACCAGUGUGAUUUCGAUAUUGCUGGAGAUCAUGGGCUAAUGUUGGCGGAUGCAGAAUGCCUUCGAAUAAUAUACGAAGUGCUUUCAGAAUUGGAUUUAGGCGAUUUUGUCAUAAAGAUCAACCACAGACGUUUGCUUGAUGGAUUGUUUUCGGCUUGUAAUGUGCCAUCGGAUAAGUUUGUUUCAGCUUGUUCCUCAGUUGACAAACUAGACAAGAUUCCUUGGGAAGAUGUCAGACGGGAAUUAUGUGAAGACAGAGGGUUGUCACCUGAAUCUGCAGAUAAAAUUGGUUCGUAUGUUCAGUUAACUGGAGGUUUGGAUCUAGUUGAACGUCUCGAAUCAGAUGAGCAUCUUAAUAAUCAACCAUCAGCUAAAGCCGCUCUUCAGGAAAUGAGAUUAUUAUUAGACUAUUGUAAAGCACUUGGGAUAGAAGAGCGAAUUAGCUUCGAUCUAAGUCUAGCGCGCGGGUUGGAUUACUAUACCGGUGUUAUUUACGAAGCUGUUUUGAAAGGUUUCACUUACAAUCCAAGUAAUUCAGGUGCAGAAUUGACUGGUUCUAAUGAAACUAACUUAAACUCCUCUGUAAAAAAUAAAAAAUCAAGUAAAAAGGAUAAGAAGGCCAAAGAACAGUUAGAUGAGGAUCCUGUUACACCUGGCGAAUCCAUGACUGUUGGUAGUGUAGCUGGUGGUGGCCGUUACGAUGGUUUAGUUGGAAUGUUCGAUUCUUCUGGAACACGAGUUCCGUGUGUUGGUUUUAGUUUUGGUGUUGAACGACUAUUAGCAAUUAAAGAAGCUUUGAGUAAUUCUUCAGAUAAGAAUAAGUGUAACGUUCGACCAACUGAAACUGAAGUCAUGGUUGCUGGAGCUCAUAAGGGUCUUAUUAUGCAACGUUUACAAUGUUGUCAACUCUUAUGGAAUGCAAAGAUUAAGGCUACGAUGUCGCAUAAAAAUCACCCCAAACUUUUGGAUCAACUACAAUAUUGUGAAUCAACUGGUAUUCCUUUGGCCGUUGUUCUAGGAGAAAGUGAACUAGCUCGUAACACUGUCAAGUUAAGAGAUAUUCAAACCCGAGAAGAAUAUGAAGUUUUGUACACAGAUCUUGUGAAUAAGAUCAAAGAAGUACUAUCUACCAAAUACCAUAAAUAAAACUUUGUUACAUAUUGUAUUUGUCUGUAUGUUGUUUUUCGGAAUUUGUGCAUCUCAUAAUCUUGUAUCGUUUGACUUAAUUUGCCAAUACAAUUUUGUCUCGGAAGUAACUACAAUAAACUUAUUGGGAUUCUAAUUAAUUACGUAUCAUUUCCUUCUCUUUAGAAGCAUGGUUUCACUAUCAAAAACCUGUAUUUAGAUAUUUAUAGUAUAAGGGAGUUAGUGGUUAGAGAUAGAUGGCUAAAAACCAAUUUUGGUAGCACAAAUGUUCCCAUUUUUAUCAUUUCACUUAAUAUUACUCUUUUCGUGGAUUUUACCGUACGGUACUAUGAAGUAAGACAACAUUUUUGUAUUGAUAUCUUGUGUGACUUAUUUACAUUUUUCACACUACUGUUAUUUCACACUUUACCGUUAUCACUAUAUAGUCAGUUCAUGAGGGAACUUUCAAAAUUACCAUAUAGCUUUAAAGUAGAAGAAACUUUUGAAAAUUUAUUCCAACUAUUAUUUCUAUGUUUAUACUGGUCCUUUCUAAAGUUAUUAUGUAGUUCCCUCUGAUUUGCGCUAGAGUCUUAAAUAAUAACGAUGACUAUCACUGAGUGUUAAACUCAAAAUUAUGUACAAAACGAAAUUGGAUUUUUCAGUACCAUCCAUGACAAAAAAAAUGCAAGGCCUAUCAGACAGCUAUUUUACCCUAGCCUAUAACUUCUCAGUAGUAACUGAUUAUAUUACGGUCACCAAGUCAAGUUCACAAUUUCAGUCUGUUCGUUAUUACAUUCGAUUAUCAUCAUACACCAAAAGGGCGGCCUGCUUGAGCAUCUGGGUUACCUGUUCCUCUCAUCUAGAUAUUUCAACAAGUUGUCUAUUUUUGUUUGUUUUAAUAUAUCAUUAUGUUUAUUAAUCGCAUAACCUAUUCUGCUGCGUUUCUGAAAAGUGUACAACCUUCCGUUGUCAAAGUUACAAAAAACUCAAUAAGAGAAAUUGUGGUUGCUGGCAAUAUACAGAGAAAAGAAUGCACAUUAUUCAAAUGUUCAUUUAUUGAACUGCUAACAUCUAACUGGCGAUCACUCGAUAUUUAUCGCCAGGACCAACGAAGAAGAAAGAAACGGAAACUUGUUGAAAAACUUUACGCUGAUAAUUCUAUAUUGUACCACAAAUAUAAUAUUGAAUAAAGC